GUGAUGCUCAGCAGCUGCAGAGGAGAGGCGAGUUUAAUCUGGAUACUCCACCGAAGAAGAAGAAGCGUUUAAUCUGAGACACCACCGAAGAAGAAGAAGCAUCACAGCAGGGGGUAUUAGGACCAUGAUUCUGAGCAUCAGCCUGUGUGUGGGGGUUCUAGUCCUGGUGAGUCCGGCUUCCUGUCAGACCGCCUCGGGCCCGGUUCAGGACCUGGUCCAGAGGAACGUGGACUUCGGGGCCCGGCUGUACCGAGCAGUCGCCUCCCGCUCCGACGGCAACGUGCUUCUGGCUCCGCUCACACUGUCCUCCGCACUGAGCGCGCUCAGUGGCGCUGCCGCCGGGCCCACGGCCCAGCAGCUGCUGCAGGGCCUGAACCUGAACGGCCUGGACCCCCAGAACAUCCCAGAACUGUUUCAGAGUCUGCGGGACCUGGUCUCAGAGGGGGGUCGAGUCCUGGACCUGAAGCAGGGCGUGGCAGUCUUCCCAGCGCAGACCUUCCAGGUGUCGCAGGCCUACACAGACCUGGUCCAGAAGCUGGGGGGGACGGUCCAGACCCUGAACUACGCCGCCCCACAGGAGGCUACUGACACCAUCAACCACUGGGCCCAGACCCAGACCGCAGAACAGGUCUGGGACCUGGUGACUAACCUGGACCCCCAAACCCAGCUGCUGCUCGCCAGCGCCGCCUCCUACCAGACGCGGUUCCGGCCAGCCUUUAACGCGAGCGUCACUCAGGGCGAGCGUUUCUUCGUGGAUAAGUAUCACGUGGUCGUGCCACCGAUGAUGAUGCGGGCAGAUAAGUACUUCCUGGCGUACGACCGUUUGCUGAAGGUCGGCGUGCUGAAGCUGCCGAUGGCCGACGGGGCGGCCAUGUUGGUGGUACUGCCUGACGAGGACGUGGACGUCACCACUGUGGAAGAGGAAGUGACGGGCGAGAAGAUCCGGAGCUGGAUCCAACAGCUGAAGAAGACGAAGUUGGAGGUGCAGCUGCCGCGCUUCCUGUUGGAGCGCUCGUACUCUCUGAGCGACGUCCUGCAGACGCUGGACAUCACGCAGGUGUUCCAGGACGCCGCCGACCUGAGCGGCAUGGGCGGAGCUAAAAGUCCCACACUGACACAGGUGAUCAGUAAGUCUGUGUUCACUGUGGACGAGAGCGGCGGCGCCUCAGACGACCCAGCCAGCAGCUUCUCGUCUCUUCCUCCUCGACUCACCGUCAACAGACCGUUUCUCUUCAUCGUCUACGAGCCGGCGAGCGGCAGCGUGCUGUUGAUGGGCCGCGUGGUCGACCCCACCAAGAAAUAAUCACCUGUACCUGUCAAGCCCCCCCCACCCCAUACUCACUGUUACCUGCUAACAUUUACCUGCUAACUGGCUCUCCGUCCACUCUAAGGUCAAAGUUCAACUCAAUUUGCACAAAUUUAGUUCAGACUUUACUCACAUACAGUGUGACGUUUAUCACGUAGUAUUAUCAGUAUCAGUAGUAUCAGUAGUACUAAUAGUAUCAGUAGUAGUACUAAUAGUACUAAUAGUAUCAGUAGUACUAAUAGUAUCAGUAGUAGUACUAAUAGUACUAAUAGUAUCAGUAGUACUAAUAGUAUCAGUAGUAGUACUAAUAGUACUAAUAGUAUCAGUAGUAGUAUUUAUAGAGCAGCAGUACUUCAGCCUCUCUAAUGUUGGUUAAUAACGCUGAGCGGUCACUAAUGUAACUCGGGUUCUAUGAUGACAUCAUAUUGUAUCUGUAUGUAUCCUGUGUGCAGUCGUGGUCUUCACAUCGUGGUCUUCACAUCGUGGUCUUCACAUCGUGGUCUUUAUAGGUCUAGAUAUGUAUACAUAUGAACUCAAUUCUAAAUUCUAAAGCUCAUCAGAACUGGUUUUACUUCCUUUCUCAUCAUCACGUUCACUGACUCCUCCCGCUGUGAAUGA